AUGCCCACCUCCUCCCAACCCGCCAUUCUCGUUCUGGGCGGGACAGGCACUGUCGGCAGCCGCAUAGUCAGCCAGCUCGCGGCCUCGUCGCACCCGCACCGCAUCCUCGUCGCCUCCCGCAACACCAGCAAGAAUGCAGUAGCCCCCAAAACAGAUGGCCCCAACGUCCAGCCCGUCCCAUUCGACUGGCACAACACCGACACCUGGGACGACCUAUUUUCCACCACGGACAACAACAAGACCAACAUCGCAGCCGUUUUUCUGAUCGCCCCGCCGACGCUCGGCGCCGAGCAGACCAUGAUCGACUUUGUCGACUUGGCGCGCAGCCGCGGCGUGCCGCGGUUUGUGCUGCUGAGCGCGUCGCCAAUCGAGGCCGGCGGGCCCGCCAUGGGCAAGGUGCACGCCUAUCUGCGCGAGCUCGGCCAGCGCGGCGAGGUGGAGUGGGCUGCGUUGCGCCCGACGUGGUUUCAACAAAACUUUGCCGACCUACCGUUUCAUGUCGAGGGUAUCAAGAACGAUAGCAAGGUGUACUCGGCGACAAGCGAUGCCAAGAUCCCGUGGGUGUCGGCCGACGACAUUGCUGCCGUUGCCGUGCGAACCUUGACGGAUGAGGUGGCGCCGAACUCUGAGUAUCUGGUUCUGGGGUCCGAGUUGCUUUCUUAUGGCGAGAUCGCAAACAUCCUCAGUGAAGUACUAGGUCGAAAGAUUGUGCAUGUCGAUCUCUCGCCCGAAGAGCUCGAGCAGCGCCACCAGUCCUUUGGGAUGCCCGAGGACUAUUCGAGGAUGAUGAGCGCCAUGGACACGUCCGUUAAAAAUGGCUCUGAGAACCGAACGAACGAUGUAAUUUUAGCUGUAACGGGGUCAGUGCCUAGGAAGUUUAGGGACUUUGCCUUGUCUGUCAAAGAGGUUUGGGGGACUGGUGGCAGCGCUUGA